AUGAAGCUCCUCAACCUAUUAGCCAGGUCUUUUUCGAUUCUUGCACUAUUAGGUGUCUUAGUAUCUGCGCUUCCCUAUGACCCAGAACAGACCAGCUGGAACCUGAACCAAAAUGCAGCAGCGACGAAUCCGUUGGAAUAUUGGGGUGAAUGGCCAGACCACACGUAUCAACCGUCUCCAGAGAACUGGCGAUUUCCCUUUUACACGAUCUUCCUCGAUAGAUUUGUCAACGGCGACCCUACCAACGACGACGCAAAUGGCACACAGUGGGAACACGACCUAACAUCCAACCAAUUCCGCCAUGGAGGAGACGUUCGGGGGUUGAUGGAUACUUUCGACUACCUGCAAGGCAUGGGCAUAAAGGGAAUCUACUUGGCUGGAACGCCUUUUAUUAAUGAGCCCUGGGGUGCGGACGGUUAUUCACCGCUCGAUUUGACCCUGCUCGAUCAUCACUACGGUACCCUCGAUGACUGGCGCACAAUGAUCUCUGAGGCCCACCGGCGUGGCAUGUACAUUUUGUUGGAUAACACCUUCGGGACGCUCGGGGAUCUCAUUGGAUUCCAAGGCUACCUAAACACAUCGGCACCCAUCAACCCCUACGAGUACAACUACGUGUGGAAAUAUGACCGUCGCUAUUUCGAUUUCCAACCAGGAAACGACUGGAUGGAUGUGUGUGAAUGGGAAUAUCCACGAUUCUGGAAGGAUGAUGGUUCUGGACUCACCAAUACUACUCUCGUAGCUGGUUGCCGAAAUAGCGAGUUUGACCAGUACGGGGAGAUUCCAUCAUUCGGUAACUAUACUGAGUGGCAGGCACAAAUAGCCAAGUUCGCCUUUGUCCAGGAUCGUUUGAGAGAGUGGCGACCAGAUGUCCUCCAAAAAAUCAAGCAUUUUUCCUGCCUCACCAUCGCCAUGCUUGAUAUCGACGGAUAUCGUAUCGACAAAGGUAUCCAGGUGACUCUUGAUGCUCUUGGUGAAUGGUCUGAAUACAUCCGUGAUUGUGCGCGCCAGUAUGGGAAAGAGAACUUUUACAUACCGGGAGAAAUCGUAUCAGGCAAUUCUUUCGGCGCACUCUAUAUUGGUCGCGGGCAUCAGACCAAUCAGACGGUACCAAACAUGACUGAAGCCGUCACCAUGACAAACAAGUCGAUCCCAGAUUUGUUUUUGAGACCUGCUGAGCAGUCAGCAUUGGAUGGCGCGGCGUUUCAUUACACCUUCUAUCGGGCGCUGUGUCGAUUCCUUGGGCUGGAUGGCCUAUAUGCCGCCGAAGGUGACCCCCCACCGAACUUCAUCGCCACAUGGAACGGCCUACUUGAGACGAAUGACAUGGUGAAUCCGAAUACUGGGAAGUUCGACCCAAGGCAUUUAUAUGGAACAUCAAAUCAGGAUGUCUUCCGGUGGCCAGCCAUCAAGAACGGCACCGAAAAGCAGGUCUUGGGACUCUAUAUAGUAACCUUGUUGAUGCCCGGCGCACCACUACUCAACUGGGGUGAGGAGCAAGACUUUUACCUGUUGGAUAACACGGACGACAAUUAUUUAUUCGGUCGUUCCCCCAUGUCAUCUGCGCAAGCAUGGCAGCUACACGGAUGUUACCGCGUUGGCGCAUCGAAGUACUACGACUUCCCCCUCGACAGGGCCCUGAACGGAUGCUCCGACGAUAGUACCAGCCUUGACCACCGCGAUCCGUCUCAUCCUAUACGCGGCAUUCUCAAAACUAUGUUUGAGAUACGCCAGAAUUACCCUGUACUAAACGACGGGUAUUAUCUGCAGCAGCUUUCGAAUAAAACAUACAACAUUUAUCUACCGGGCAGCGGUGGAACACCCACUGAGACCGGCAUGUGGAGUGUAAUGCGAUCGAGGUUUGUCGGCGUUCAGGACUUUACCGGUAUCGGCCAGGGAAAUCAGACCGUCUGGCUGGUGUACCAAAAUGACAAUCGAACGAUCGACUACCAGUUCAAUUGCACGGGGGAGGAUCCAUUAAUCUCGCCAUUCGAUGCUGGAACGACGGUCAAGAACCUGUUUCCACCAUUCGACGAGUAUACGCUGGUCAACAGUUCAACGAAACUUGGACUGGAGGGAUCAGAAAAGUUCAACGGUUGCCUGCCACAAAUGACGAUACCUGCCUGGGGGUUCAAAGCCUUCGUUCCUAAAGAUAAGUUCAUUGGCCCAACGCCAUAUAUCACCAAGUUCACUCCAGGCCACGACGCGCGCCUGCUUUCAAGGGUCUCAACGGGCGAGACAGUCAAGAUCGGCUUCCAAUUUUCCCAAGAGAUGGAUUGUGACAGCAUCACGAAAUCACUGACUGUCCAGUCAACCGCCCUCGACAACCAGGUUGCCCGCUUCAACACGAGCACGGUUUCCUGUGGUCCGAUUGCUGAAACUCAAGUGGCUUCCUGGCCCGGAGCUCUGACUAGUGUCUACAACUACGAAAUCGAGCUUGUGAAUGUAUUCCACGGGGUGCAUGAAAUAACUGUCAACAACGUCAGCAAUAAGUACGGAAAUAGCUCAACGAACUCCGUGGACCAUUUCAUCUUUCGGAUUGGAGACACAGACAAUCCAAUAGUGUGGCCGCAACUUGCGAACUAUAGCCGAACUCUUCUAUACCAGGACUCUUCCGGCGACGGGACUUUGUGGGUCGCCCACAAGGCCCCUGGUGCAGAUUUAUGGCGGUAUACGCUUGACUUUGGCUCCUCAUAUAGCGACUGGAUGCCAUACGAGGGCGGUAACGUGUCCAUCCCUCCCAAGAAUUGGACUGGAACCCCAGCUCAGGCCUGGUCGGGUGAGCAUAUCAUGGUCCAAUACUGGAGCAAGAUCGCCGCGAGUAGUGAUCAUUACCAGCAUGGCGACGCAGAUUGGACCUACAACCCACCACGACGCUUUCCGAAUUUCUGGAUUGAAGGAACAUUCAACCAAUUCGGCUAUGAUUCUGGUUACCAGAAUCAGAUGAGCUUGAGCAAUAUUACCGGUCGAUGGGAGAUUCAUUUUAUGUCGGAAUGGCCGGCGCAAGUAUCAUUUAAUGCUUGGGGCAUGGACCCAGAUGGCGUUCCUGACCAGACUCAGGCAUUUGGUGACAUUGACGGAGACCAUGUUCUUGACCGUGUUCCACCGAUCACAUUGCUCAGCAACUUUUUCAAUGUCACCAACCCUCCUCCCUGGCCUAAGCUUGCAUACAUGCUUUCGAUCGAUGAUGGCAACCUGCGCGUCUAUGCCACCCCCGUUGGGUCACAGGUGGUCCAGAUGAUGCUUUUCAUCCUGUUGGCGGUCAUACCUCUGGGUGCUGCUGCGGCUGCUGUGUGGAUCUAUCUGAAAGCCUUCUAUCAAGUGAAGUUCAACGAAGUCGGUGUUUCCGAGAAGAAGUCAAUCUUCCACCGCUCCGGCAAUUCUGUAGCGAAUCGUGAUCCGGAAUCAAUCUCGCUACACUCUCUGAAGCCGGUCCUAGCAUUUGUAACCAAACUCGUCAAACCUCGGAAGCAAGCCGAAUUCAACGAAGCGCCUCCCGCUGCCAACGCGGAUAACCGCAGAACUGUGCUCAUUGCAACCAUGGAGUACGACAUCGAAGACUGGGGUAUAAAGAUCAAGAUCGGCGGGUUAGGAGUCAUGGCGCAGCUUAUGGCUAAAAACCUGGGUCAUCAAAACCUGAUUUGGGUUGUGCCAUGUGUUGGAGAUAUCGACUACCCUAUCGACCAGAAGGCUGAUCCAAUGAUAAUUACCAUACUGGGCAACUCAUAUCAGGUCGAUGUCCAAUACCAUGUUCUCCGGAACAUCACAUAUGUCCUCCUGGAUGCUCCUGUUUUCCGAAAACAGUCCAAAUCAGAUCCGUACCCCCCGAGAAUGGACGACCUUGACUCUGCCAUCUACUACUCUGCCUGGAACUCCUGUAUCGCGGAGGCCCUCAAGAGAUUCCCCGUCGAUCUUUACCACAUUAAUGAUUACCAUGGUGCGGCUGCUCCAUUACACUUGCUUCCAAACACCAUUCCUUGUUGUCUCUCUCUCCAUAACGCUGAGUUUCAAGGGCUAUGGCCGAUGAGGACAGCAAGGGAAUGUGAUGAGGUCUGCCAGGUUUUCAAUCUUGAUCCAGCAAUUGUCAAGAAAUAUAUCCAGUUCGGGGAUGUAUUCAACCUCCUGCAUGCCGCGGUGAGCUAUUUACAGAUUCAUCAGAAUGGAUUUGGGGCAGUCGGCGUCUCGAAGAAAUACGGCAAGAGAUCAUACGCCCGCUACCCAAUAUUCUGGGGCCUAAAGGAAAUUGGGUCAUUACCAAAUCCUGAUCCUUCAGAUACUGCCGACUGGAAGAGAGGUGACAAUGUCACCCAGAAGGAUGUUCAUGUUGAUCCAGAAUUCGAAGCGAAGAGGCGAAUUUACAAGCGACAGGCACAGGAAUGGGCUGGUUUGAAAGUGAACCCCGAUGCAGAACUCUUUGUGUUUGUUGGUCGCUGGUCCAUGCAAAAAGGGAUUGACCUCAUUGCCGACAUCUUCCCGUCUAUUUUAGAGAGUCAUCCCGACGUUCAGCUCAUUUGUGUCGGACCAGUCAUCGACUUAUAUGGCAAGUUUGCAGCGAUUAAAUUGGAGAAAAUGAUGGAGUUAUAUCCUGGACGGGUUUAUUCAAAGCCUGAAUUCACGGCCUUACCUCCAUUUAUUUUCAGUGGUGCUGAAUUCGCCCUAAUACCGUCAAGAGAUGAACCGUUUGGUCUGGUGGCGGUGGAGUUUGGUCGUAAGGGAGCCCUCGGAGUCGGGUCGCGCGUUGGUGGCCUGGGACAGAUGCCUGGGUGGUGGUACACGAUCGAAUCCAUGACGACAAAACAUUUGAUCCACCAGUUCAAGCUUGCCAUCAAUGAAGCCUUAAGCUCCAAGCCUGAGACACGUGCAAUUAUGCGUGCCCGCUCAGGGAAACAGCGUUUUCCGGUAGCGCAGUGGGUGCAAGAUCUCGAAAUCCUGCAGUCCACCGCGAUCGAGAAGCACAGGAAAUACUCCAAGCAGGCCGAUAAUCAGUUCUGGAGGUACUCUGCAACCACCCUGGUGCCAUCACCAGACAGCCUUUCGAGUCGUCCACGGAGCAGUGGAACUCAAACACCGCCUGCAGACUCGAUGUCUCCAGAUAUGUCACGUUUCGGAUACAGAAGAGGUCCAGGCCAUACCAGAAACAGGUUAAGCAGGAGGAUCAACUCACAAGUCACUGCAGGGGCCAGUUCCACUGCAGAAGAGGAAUCAAUGGACGAAGACGGUAGCACUGUUUACUACGGCGACCAAGAAGUUGGAGCACCACGGCCGGCUCGUAUGCGGCAUCUGCAGAGCAGAAUCGCAUUUACUCUGGAUGAUCCCUCCGACGACCGCGAUCCUCCCUCAAAUAUAGGGGACAGCGUCGUUUAUUCUCGUCCUGACUCGCCUGUCGCAUUUUCUGGAAUGAACACGUCCUCAGGCCUUCUUACUCCUCCCGGCAUCAAUACGCCAAGCAGGCUUAGCACUGACGACAGUCUGCUAAAUCCUCCUCUCUCAGCUAGAAACCGUCAAUCUUCUAGCAUGAGCCUUGUCAGCGUCGAAGGAAUUGUAAAAGAAAAGCAAAACUACAACCUUCAGAAAGUCAGCCCAUUCUUCACCGACGCGAACAACGAGUACGCGAGAAACUUCCAGCGGAAGCUUGAAAAGCUCAACGGGAAGAACUCGGAGGACCAGCUUUGCAUUGAGGAAUAUCUUGAGAAGAGCGAGAAAGAUUGGUUCAACCGAUACCGUGAUGUCAAAUUGGGCAAGUCUCCUGUUAGUACUCCAGCCUCGUCUGUUUUUCGCUUGAAGAUCAACGGCGCCAGCCCACCUCAGACUCCGAACCGUGAUUCUUUUCAAGAGGAACGAGUUGUAGAUGAGUUCCUUCUUCCAAAGGAUUACGUUCCGCCGUCUGGUCUCAGGCGCCUUCUUCUGCGGAGAAUCGGGGACUGGCCGUUCUAUUCGAUUCUCCUUGCCUUCGGUCAGAUAAUCGCUGCCAACUCAUAUCAAAUUACAUUGUUGAAUGGUGAGAUUGGUCAGACCGCCGACAAGUUAUACAUCGUUGCUACAAUCUACCUGAUAUCGUCAGUCAUGUGGUGGACAGCGUUCCGCAUGCUCAAAUCUGUUUACGUUCUUUCUAUUCCAUUCUUGCUCUACGGUUUGGCUUUCCUCUUUGUUGGGUUGGCUCCUGCGGCCACGAGCAGCACCAGCCGGUUUUGGAUUCAGAAUAUGGGAACGGGUUUCUACGCGUUCGCAUCUUCAAGCGGAUCUAUAUUCUUUUCUCUGAACUUUGGAGACGAAGGUGGAGCAUCCACGACCUCCUGGGUCUAUCGGGCAUGUGUGGUUCAAGGAACACAGCAGAUAUUCGUUAGCUUCCUCUGGUACUGGGGAAGCUGGAUGGCUUCAGUGAACCAGCACGGCUCCACGCAGUACAGCCUAGUAAAUUCAAGUCCGCAUGUGUUGAUUGGUGUUGGAAUCGCUGUCGCAUGCUUUUUAUGGAUAAUCGGAGCUAUGCUCUUUUUCGGACUGCCCGAGUACUACCGACAAGUACCCGGAGAAGUGCCCACCUUUUACCGGUCAGUGUUUCGCCGGAAAAUCGUGCUGUGGUUUUUCUAUGCGGUUUUCGUCCAGAAUUACUGGCUUUCGCCGCCGUACGGGCGUAAUUGGAUGUACCUCUGGACGAGUCAGCACGCGAAGCCAUGGGAGAUUAUCAUUUUGGUCCUGUUUUUCUUCAUUCUGGUAUGGGCACUAGUCCUUUGGAUAUUCGGCACGCUCUCAAAGAGACAUGCUUGGUUUAUCCCGAUAUUCUCUAUCGGACUUGGUGCCCCGCGCUGGGCGCAAAUAUUGUGGUCAACAUCCAAUAUCGGAGCCUAUGUCCCAUGGGCUGGUGGACCGGUUGCAAGUGCUCUCGUUGGACGAGGUCUCUGGCUUUGGCUAGGCGUGCUUGACUCUCUUCAAGGGGUCGGCUUCGGCAUGAUUCUUCUGAAUACAUUGACGCGCUUCCACAUCACUUUCACCCUUCUCGCUGCCCAAGUCGUCGGUUCCAUUGCUACAAUUCUCGGACGCGCUACAGCACCAGACAAGCUGGGCCCCGGAGAUGUCUUUCCGGACUUCUCUGCAGGGGUAGGAGCAGGACUCACCAAGGCAAACUUCUGGGUUUGCCUGCUGUUUAUGCUCUCGAUUAAUGUCCUAUGCUUCAUGUUUUUCCGCAAAGAACAAUUGCAAAAGCCAUAA